UUCAGUUUCCGUCUACCAAAUCCACUCACAAGGCUUUGGUCGGCCUGAGGCUAUAGUAGAAGACACUUGCCCAGGGUGCCACGCAGUGGGGCUGAACACGGAACCAUGUGGUUGGUAAGCAAGCUACUUACCACACAGCCACUCCUGCGCCUAGGUCUUACUUUUCCUUUUUCCUUGGAUCAUACCAGUGGAUUUUGUGCCUUACUAUUUGACAUGGAUUUACAACAUAUUCCUACAACUAUCGGAACCUUAUUUACUUCUUCAAGAAGUCUUUUUCAUAAUUAGUCAAUUGACAGAGUUCACCGUUUUCAUUUUGAUUCGUGGAUCCAACAUUCAUUACAAUGAUAACAAUGACGAACCUAAAGACUCGUACAGUUCAACAAAGAGGACGGCUCCGCCAUCUUACCUUCACUACUUCGCCAUUAUUUCAAUCGUCAGCUAUGCCAUGACGCUUACUAUUAUUUCAAAAUACUUCGAAGUUGACUGGUGGCUAGGCACCAUUUUGAUCCUAAAUCUGCUUAACCACUUAACUACAUGGUAUAUGGACAGAAGUCUCUGGGAGAAUUCGUUCAUUUUCUUUAUCAGUACUAUCGUCAUGUAUGUGAUGAGACGUGAAGGACAACAGCGCCAAUCUUGUCAAAAGCUCUCGAAUCUCCUCGUUGUUGAGAAAUCCCACAAUGCAUCAGUUCGAUCAUUCAACUGGUUAUGGCAACUGUCACCGUGCGAAAAAAAUAUAGUUUCGCAAGUAUUUCUCACACCAUUAUUAAUCGGGAAAGUGGCCUUAAGACUCAGCAGUGUAAUAUGGUGUAACGGUGACUGUUUCGAAUUCCUAUGGUCUCUCUUUAAAGAUAAGAUCGAAGAUAAAGAAUUAGAAGAAAAGCAAGACAUUGAGACGCCUUCCAGUUCUUGGAUUCGGUUUUCACCUUUAGUCUACAAACUUUGCACUCAUUUCGUCAUUGUACAGUUAGUUGCAGGACAACUACAAGAAUUAAAUAGCGAAUCAAACACCACAAAAAUAAAUUGGUUGACUAGAUUGGUACCCGAACAAAUCAUGUUGGGAAGAAUUUUCCAGAUAAUUCUUGUCAAUGGUUUCCAUCUGCAUUCACUACUUACACGAUUUCUAUAAACUAGCAAGUAAUUAACAAUGUCGUCGAUAAGCUCUCAGUACAUCGUACAUACUGUAGCAGAGGUCCGAUUUGCAGAUAUUCUCUUGACUCUGGGACGAAAAAAAAAAGAACAUGGACAUCAACACUUUCAUUUGAUCCCCUCCAACCCAGUUCCUUUAUAUUAUUAAUAGGGCCGAUAAUAAGGUGAUGAACCCCUGAUCACGGAACAUAUUAACUUUUGCCUAUAAACGGCACUUGCAGGAAAAUAUGUAUCAUUACCGAAACACUGGAAACAAAUAUUUCAAUAAAUAAAACAAAGAAUAAGAAGAGCCAAACAGUUCAAAGAGAAAAUUUCGUUAAAUUCUGAA